AUGGAAAGGCAAAGGAAUAAUCAGAUCAAAUUUGAUUUUGAUACAUCUACUAUAAUUCCAAUCAUCAAAACACCUCUUGAAGAUAUGGAGAAACAUGCAUCUAUGGUAUACACCAGGACUAUUUUUCUCAUGGUGCAGAGGGAGAUUCUUCAUUCACUUGUUUCUUGUUCACAGAAGAGUGUUACAUCAGGCGUUGUUUCUGACAUAUGCAUUGUCAAACAUAAAAGGACAAAUAUAUCAAAGAAGAAGGUAGUAGUUGAGAAAAAAGAAAAACUUGACAUCGAUUCUGAAUGGAAUUUUAACACAAGUGAAGGUGAUUUUGAGGUUGAAUUCAACAGAGAAGAUCUAACGGUGAAUUGUUCAUGCAUGCUUUUUGAGCGGUUUGGAAUUUUUUGUAGACACAUCUUAUGUAUUCUAAAGAUUUAUGACAUACAAGAGAUUCCGUCAAGAUACAUUCUUAAGAGAUGGAGAAGAGAUAUUAUCCCCACCACAGUUUUGAAAAGGACGUUUAGAUAUGGUGAUUCGUCUGGAAAUGUUGAGAAGGUUGCUAAUGAUGACAAGAAGUUAGAAGAGUUCAUGAAGAAGCUUGAAGUUUUUAUGACUGAUAUUGGUGAACAAGGUUCAGACAAAUUACCGGUUACAAAAGAAGCUCAUAUUGAUAAACUUUACGGAGCUACUAUGAAUCCUGAAGUUGUUGAUGUUGAAAAUCCACCUAUGGUGAAGAAUAAAGGUUUUGGUACAGGAAAACGUUUAAAAAGUGCUUUGGAGAAGGCUACUAUUCAAGGUAACAAGCAAUCAAGAUCAUGCAAAACAUGUGGGGUUAAAGGGAAUAAUUCAAGGAAAUGUUUGACAUUGUUGAAUAACUCCAAGGUACAAAGUGCAUAG